UUUUGGAACGACUUACUAUCAACAGCCAGGCAAUGGGGUUUGAUAAUGUAUGAACAGGACUGGCUGAACAUUCAGACAAUCGGUACUGUCGCCCUUCAGACUGACCUCACCCUUGGUGAACGAUGGCUACAGCAGAUGAACAACGCCGCUCAGAAACUCAACAUAACCAUCCAGUAUUGUAUGGCGCUUCCUAGGCACGCUUUACAGAGUCUGAAAAACCCUGCCGUCACACAGGCACGAGUGAGUGACGAUUACCACUUGGUCGAUGACCAGUGGAAGAUAGGGAUAUCAUCCAUCUUUGCCGACGCGAUGGGUCUGGCACCGUACAAAGACACAUUCUGGACAUCUGAGACCCAGUCAGGCAAUUCCCGCUAUCCAG